GCUGUCCUAUUCCCGGGGCCAAUAUAAAACAGGUCAGGGCCCUCCUGCUUGCCUGCUCAGUUUAUUCCUAGAAGCAGCUAGCUACUCCAGGUGUGCAGGUGCCAUGCAGCCCCGGACCCUCCUCAUCGUGGCCCUCUUGGCACUCCUGGCAUCUGCCCGAGCUAGUGAGGGAGAGGGGUCGUUGCUGCUGGGCUCUGUGCAGGGCUACAUGGAACAGGCCGCCAAGAAGGUUCAGGAUGCACUAGCCAGUGUGCAGAAGUCUGAGAUGGCUGAGCAGGCCAGGGGCUGGAUGGAUGGUGGCUUCAGCUCCCUGAAAGGUUACUGGAGCAAGUUCACUGACAAGUUCUCCGGCCUCUGGGAAUCUACCCCCGAGAGCCAGCCAACUCCAGCUACUGAGCCUUGAGACCUCUAUGUUCCAAAUGUGCCUGUGCAUCCUUCCUGUUGGCCUCUGGGUCCACUGGGUGGCCCCGAAAGUAUUCUCAUGUUUUCACCCCUCCCCAGACCUCACCUAAACAUGUCCCUAAUAAAGCUGGAUGAGAAGCUGC